AUGACCAGCAGCAACCAUAGCUGGAUCCUCAACUCCCUCCACGAUCAGAAGCAUGACGGCUUCCUCUAUACCUUCUUUGGGAUCUCGUCCAAGGCAGGGAUCGGCAGGCAGAGCUCAAGGCUGGUCCACCCCGACUCCCUGUUCAUGCACGUGACCAAGGUCGUGUCGAACAUCCUCGUCAUCUACAUCCUGGUGGUGACUCAAGUCGAGGUGCUCUUGGUUGGGUUCUACUGGAACCAUCCUGUGUGCGACCGGUUUUCAACCGCCUACUUCGAUGUCGGGCCCUUUGCGAUGCUUCUUCAGUGCCUCCCUGAUGUUGAGCCUGUACAGAUCGCGGUCGAUGUGUUCUUCAUGGUUCAAGUAGGGGUUCAGUUUCUUGUCGGGGUGUACAUCGAUGGGGUGUACUACGACGACAUGUUCUCUGUGGCAAUGCACUACAUCUCAACGAAGCUCUCGCUCGAUAUCAUCACCAGCAUUCCAGUCAGCACAGUUCAGUUUCUGGUGCAGCAGAAUGUGUGCUGGUUGAGCGAGAACAGCUCUUUGGAUAAGUUCAACAGCAAAGAACUGAUGCAGAUCUUGCGGCUGCUUCGGUUGCUCAAGUUGUUCCGCCUGUUCCGGACAGCUCCGGAGAUUGUCAAGUUUGUCGAUGUCGUGGAGAAGCUCCUGCGCAUUCCUGUGUUCCUGACGAGGCUGUUCCGUCUGCUGAUCGCCAUCAGUUGCACUGUCCACUCAGUCGCGUGCUUGUUCUGGCUGGUCAAGACGAUGUCGACAGGGGAGGAGGAGCUUUCUAUCUUCUACCAAUCGAACAACCUGGGAGACGCCCCUUCUCUCUUCCAACGCUACAUAGUUGCCUCGUACUUCGUCACCACAGUCUUCACUACCGUUGGGUUUGGAGACAUUGCCGCGGAAAACAGUGCGGAGAGAUUGUUUUCCAUCUUGUGCAUGUACGUCGGGGUUAUUGUCUUCGGUAUGUUGCUGUCGGAAGUUCAGAGCACGAUUGAGGAUCUUUUCGAGCACAACAGACGCAAGAACUUCAUCCUUCAGCGGAUCAAGGACUUCAUGUAUCAGGAGAAUGUUCCGAUCGACCUCAGCAACAAGAUUCUCAAGUGGGUAGCGUUCGACUUCUCCCAACAGGUGGUGAGGGAUAAGAAGGCAGAGGCUCUGGAGAACAUUCCGGUGGUGUUUAGACGGGCGAUUCAAUCUCACCUGCACAACGGAAUGCUCUACAGCGUUUCCUUCUUGUGCCACCUCUCAAGCAAAUACCGUGAGGAUUUCCUGGUUGACUUGUUUUCAAACAUGGAGACUAUCACCUUCCCAAAGAACUAUCCCAUCGCGACACAAGGGACUACGGCUGAUCGACUCUACAUCAUCAAGCAUGGAAACAUCAAGGUCACUCUGCCCGACGGUCAGACCAUCUCAACUCUGGGCCCGCGGGAGUUCUUCGGAGAGCAUUGCAUCCUCGGAGAAAACACCUGGAAGACUUCCUUCGGCGUCGCCUGCGAGUUCGUGGCCAUGUCGUUCGUGAUCUGCGUCACUCUCAGCAGGAGCUCCUUCCUGCAGGUGCUCGACUCCUACCCGCCCGAGCUCAAGCUAGAGAUUGAGAAGCAGCUCAAUACCCUCCAGUACGUCCGCAUGUGCCAGCAGUCCAUGUGGAAGGAGGUGGCGGGAGGAGAGGGGAGGGAGGCAGGAGAGGAUGGAGGAAAGGAGGAGGGAGGAGGUGGGGAAGGAGAGAAGCAGGGAGGAAGGAACGAGAGAGAAGGGGAGGAAGAAGACGAUGGCAAAGAGCGGGGAAGGAAGCAAGUUUCAGCUGCGCGGGUGACGAGAUUGGCGAGGUUCUACGCCAUGGUAACCAAGGUCGUGCACUACAUCCGGCACCGAGACAGCGCGAAGGACAGCAAGCUCGUGCUCGAGCGAGCGGCAGCGAACAUCCAGCGCAAGAAGGAGCGAGGGAAGAAGAGAGGUCACUUGCUCAAGAGGUGGAGCCUUACAACCAACCUCUUCUCCUCCUCCUCCUCCUCCCUCCCUGUCGAGCUCCCGAAGCUCGACGGGACCUCGGGCCUGCCCGUGGGAGUGGAGAGGAAAGGAUCAAGUCGCAGAGGGUCCUCCCAGUCUGCCAAAGUCUCCUACUCCCGCAGGGGCGAUCAUGGUAUUCCUGCCCCAGCUGCAUCAGCGGCUGCUCCCCAGAGCUGCGAGGAGACGGAGGAGAAAUGUGGGAAGUGCGAGGGGAGGAUACGGCAGCUGUCGGAGGAGAUGAAAAGCAUGAGUGAGAGGAUGGCUCUGGUGCAGGAGCAGACGAUGAGCAAGCUGGAGAGGAUCGAGCAGCUGCUGAUAAAGAGCGAGGAGGAGAAGCACGCGAAGGAGGGGAAGAGAGUGAAGGAGGACCUGCAGACCGAUGGCUUGCUGAGCAGAGCAAAGAGCGUCGAGGAUCGGAAGCCUUCAAGUCUUGCGAACGGGAAGAUGGGAAAUGCCGCAUCAGUGCAUGGAGGAGCAAAGCGUCUGAUGAUGAUCGGAGGAGGGAGGGGAAGAGCAGCAGGAGCAGCAGGAGCAGGACUCAGCUACAGGGGACCAGGACCAGGACCAAGUGGAGCAGGAGCAGGAGCAGGAGCUGGAGCAGGAGCUGGAAGAGGGCUUCCAGGGAGGACCAGGGACGAUCAUGACCUCUCUCUCGCUUUCUCGUCGACGAUCUCGGACGUGCUGCAGUCAAUCGGUUGGAGCAGAGAGGACGCGAGGAAAAUGCUCGACGGGAGGAGGGAGGACGGGGGACUUUUCUCUCUACCGUCAGCGAACAGGAAGACCUUCGAUGUGUAA